AUGGCACCUUCUUCUUCUUCCUUUCCUCUUCGUUGGGAGAGCACAGGAGAUCAAUGGUGGUAUGCAACACCUAUUGAUUUAGCAGCUGCAAAUGGUCUCUAUGAUUUAGUCCUUGAGCUUCUUCAUCUUGAUACAAAUCUUCUCAUUAAACUCACUUCUCUUCGUCGAAUUCGCCGACUCGAGACCGUGUGGGACGACGAAUCUCAGUUUGAAGAUGUUGCCAAGUGCAGGUCUUAUGUUGCAAGGAAGCUUAUGGUUGAGUGUGAAAAAACAGGAAGAGGAGAGAAUUCUCUGGUUGGUAGUGGAUAUGGUGGUUGGCUUUUGUACACUGCUGCUUCUGCUGGUGAUUUGGAGUUUGUUCAUGAAUUGUUGAGAAGAGAUUGUUUGUUGGUUUUUGGUGAAGGAGAGUAUGGUGUUACUGAUAUGUUUUAUGCUGCGGCUAGGAGUAAGAAUUCUGAGGUGUUUAACAUGAUUCUUGAUUUUGCGCUUCUAGGAAAAGAUUGUGGUGGUGUUGAAUUGGAUGAAGGUGGUGGUGGUGGUGGAGUUUUCAAGAAGGAGAUUGUGAAUAGGGCUAUUCAUGCUGCUGCUAGAGGAGGGAACUGGGAAAUACUCAAGAAGGAGCUUAUUUUAGGAAAUGCUUUUCAGAUUUUAGCUUAUAGAGAUGCUCAAGGAUGUACUGUCUUGCAUUCAGCUGCUGGAAGAGGCCAGGUUGAGGUGGUAAGAAAUCUAACUGCAUUAUCACCUGAUAUCAUCAACUCAACUGACUCACAAGGCAAUACAGCAUUACAUGUAGCUUCUUACAGAGGUUACCUUCCUGUGGUAGAGAUUCUAAUUCAAGCAUCUCCCUCGUUAACAAAGUUAACCAAUCAAAACGGGGACACUUUUCUUCACAUGGCAGUGUAUGGUUUCACAAGUACCGAUUUCUGCAGACUAGACAAACACGCUGAGCUCAUGAAUCGCUUAUUAUCAACCGAAAAGAUUGCGAACCUGAAGGACAUAAUCAAUGUCAAGAACAAUGUUGGAAGAACAGCGAUUCAUGUAGCUGUGAUUCAUGAUGUCCAAUGUGAUGUAGUGGAAUCAAUGAUGUCCGUUGCGUCCAUCAAUCUUAAUAUUCGCGACGCGAACGGAAUGACCCCUUUGGAUUACUUGAAACAAAGACCAAGAUCGAAAUCUUCUGAAGCUUUAAUCAAACAGUUGAUUUCAGCUGGAGGAAUCUCUAAUUGUAAGGAUUAUAUUACAAGAAACGCGAUUGCGACUCAUUUGAAAACUCGUCAUGGUAUUCAAGGUAGUCCUGGAACAUCCUUUAGAAUAUCAGAUUCUAAAAUAUUCUUAUACACAUGCAUUGAGAAUGAGAAUUCAUCGGAUAUCGCUAAUACCGAUCAAGCAAGUGUAGAAUCAAAUGCAUACUCAAUCGAAAUAGAGGAUUAUUACGAGUCAGCCGCAGGUUCCUCGUGUAACAGCAAGACUAGUUCUGCUGAUUCUGUCGCGAAACGGUUGAAGAAUCUUCUCAAGUUCAAGGAAUUCAAAGAUGACGAUUCUGUUAAUAAUUCUCCAAGUUCAAGGGAAAACAAUUUAAAAGAGUUUCCAAUCUCGUUAAGGCAAAGAUACUCGAAACAGUGUUCUCUUCCAAACAACAAAAGAACACUAUCUAUAAGGACACUAUUUCCAUCUCCGUCUGCAAAAAAAUACUUCACCGCAGGCCUAACGCAAGGUGUAAUCAGAGUAAAGCCACAAAAAGAAGGGUCUAAUUUAUCUCAUUCUUCGAGCAAUAAGCAAGAGCACGUCGACACAAUGGGACAAAUAGAUGAUGGGGGUGCCCAACAGUUGAACUAUAAUAAAGAGAGAAACUUCAACAAGAAAUUGAUGAACAGAUAUUUUUCUUUUGGAGCACAAGGUCAGAGUUUGGAAGAUGCCAACAGUUGUACAAUGUCGAAGCACAGUUCUAAGCGUUUCGGUUUAGUUGCAUAA